UCAGCCGAGGCGGAAAGUCUCGCAGAGGAGGCGCGGGAGGUUUAACGGCGUCAGUCAUGGACCGGUAUCUGCUCUUCCUCAGUUGGCGGCUUCGGCGGGGCCAGACGGGUCCCGGAGGCUUUUCAGGUUUGACAGCUGAAAAUAUUUAUAACUUGCUAAAAAAAACCUGCAAUCCCUCUCUAAAGGCAACAUUUGAAACUUUCCCAGCAUGUUCUCUUACUGGGAUUCCAUAUGUGAAAGAAUGGUAUUUUGCAAUUCAGUCAAUAUGUGGAUUUUCCCAGUUUUCUAGUACUGACUGGGAGGACAUCAGUUUUGAUGAAGAGACAGAUCAAAGCAAAAGCUCUAUUCGAAGAAAUAUUGAAGAAUAUCUUGGCGAUCAACAUGUGGAGGAAGAAGACAAUAAUUGGGAAUCUGUGUCACUCAUUGAUACUUGGCAAAGAUUUGCAGAAUAUCUUUCUGCUGAUAUCUUAGCUCUUGAAAACUUAAAAGACAGUAUUGAUUCAAGGGAACUGUGGAGAGGAAAGAUUCAAAUCUGGGAACAAAAGUUUGGAUCUGAAAUCGCAUUUCCAGAUUUUUGUAUAAAAGGCACUGCAUCUGGACGGCCAUUCAGCCCCGUCUGCUUAAAUACUUUCUCUGCUGCUGCUGAAAAUAAACGGUCAAAGAAUACCAAUAUUCGCUGUGCAGAGGUGUUCCAUUAUUACGGACCGGCUUUAAAAUUUGUACAGAUGGUGCUGUUGAGUCAACUGCCAGCAUGUUUAGUAUCAAACCUCCAGUUUGAGCUGACUUUGGCUAGAACCGAUGCCGAGAAGAAGUCUCGACUCUUGUGGGAUCAGCUUUCUUCUCUACAUGGAAAGGUAGGAGCUUUAUUUGUACUGCCUUGCAGUAUAAGCAGUAUGCUGAAUCCCGUACCCAGCCAGCUAAGUACAAAAAAAUGGAAGGAAUGCAUAGCUGAAAAACACAAAGGUCUCGGCAUUCCAGAAGUUGAACUUAAAGGAGAAACGUGCAAUUAUUAUUUCUUGGUACAAGGCAACGGCUAUGGAGGAUGUAAAGCAACAAUAAUCUAUUCAGCCAAUCAGAUCAAUGGCUCUGUCACCCUUGCAGAAAGCAUAGGAAAGCUGAGGACAGCAGACGAAGAAAGAGAAGCAGGUUUCUUUGAAGAGUUUCUCAAAGUUUUCCCGCAUUUUUAUGGAGAACAGAUUUUACAAAGAGAGAAGAAACUGGCUCAGUUCCAAAGACAGAUUUUGAAUCACUGCCUGAAGAGAGAGAUGUUUGCUGGGCACCUACCUGUAGCUUUAAAGAAUGAACUGAAAUAUCUAUUUGCCUACAGCAGGGAACGUUUUUUUGAAUUAUGGAAGGUUAGCCAUCCAAGUACUGCUUAUCCAGGAGCAAUGAUUAAACCUAGAGAUGAAGAUGCCAUUGAUGAACCAAAGCUAAAAGAUUCAGAUCCGUUGAAGUGGCCCGAAAGAAAUGUUCUACAGAACUUAGAAAAUUUGGAGAAGAUGAAGCAAAGAACAAGAGUUUCUGAACAGCUGUUGGGCCAUAAAAAUGGCCAGAAGGAUUCAGCAUUACUUGAUGCUAGAGAGAUGCUUAAGUACUUCACUGCAGAAGGCUUGCCUGUUGGAGAUCUGCAGCCCUUAUACAUUCCAAAAAGUGCUUUUUUGACACCUGAACUGACACCUCGAAAACUGAGAGCUUUACCAUUUGAAAAAGCUGCCGGCUGCCAUUACCACGGUCUUGAGUACUGCCUCGACAACAGAAGAGCUUUGGAAAGAGACGGGGAGUUUGCUGAACUUCAGUCUCGGCUUAUCCGUUUUGAAACUCAGACCACCUGCACGAAGGAGUCUUGCCCUGUGCCCUGGGUCUUGAGUCCCCUGCCAUCCCCGGCGGUUUUGUCUGAGCCUGGAAGUGUCCCUGAUGGAGAAUCUUCACAAAGAGAACUCCAAAUGGAAACAUCUAAGCUAAAACAGAGAUCAAAAGAUGUAGAGAGCUUUUGUUCCAGCAACAAAAGAUUACUGCAGUCUGAAAGCACAGAUUCUGGCUUGUCCCAGGCGAGCAGAAUCCGCAAGAGUCACCAAGCCACGGUUGUCCCAAAGAAGUGCUUGAAGACUUCAACCUCUCUGCCCUCUACGGCUGACAAAUCUUCUCAGAAUUGGGUGGUGAACAAAGAAACUUCCAGGAGCAACCCAGCAAGCCAGAACUGUAAUAAGGAAUCAGAGACAUCAAAGCUCGGAAAGGAAUCGAGAUCUCAGAAGCAUACGCGGAUGCUGAAGGACAUAGUGAUGAGUACUCUUGAGAAGCAUGGCAUUGCAAGAGACCACAAGUGCUUCACAACAUGCAGUCAACGUUUAUUUGAAAUAUCCAAGUGUUACUUAAAGGAUUUGAAAACAUCUCGAGGUCUGCUGGAGGAAAUGAAAAAAGCUACUAACGGCAAUGUUCAACAGGUCAUUGAUUGGGUUUUAGAAAAAAACAAGGAGAAGUGACAUAAGUAAGUGCAGCACACUCUGAGAACAACUUAAAAGUGUCUUAUUGGUAGAUAUGUCUAAAGCUUGGCAGUACCUGCCACGCAAUGCUUUCAAACCUCUUGAGAUAAUUAAAUUGAAGUUAUUUGUGUUGUAAAAAGUUUCUACUAGAAUAAAAAGGAUUUCUUAGGCUAUCUUUCCCAUCUGCAUGAUUUGAACGUUGCUUAGCUCUGUAAACAUAAUUUUUUUAUUAUAUUCAAAUGUGCAGAAUGUCUGGUUAAAUUAGUUAAUAGUUCGUUUAAAUAACUUGAAAGUAUUGCUUAGCAAGUACUUUUUAAAACCAGGCAUUUCAACCGUUUUAAAGAUGAGGGACACAUGAAAUUCUAAAGAAAUACCACGACUGUCAGGAAAAACUAUUUUGAGAGUGGUUGCAAGUCACAGCUCAGUCACUUUACAAGACAGUAAACUAUCCAGAUUAAAAGGUAAGCAACUUGAUAUCAAGAUCUUAGGAAAAAAAGGAGGAAUAACUCAAAACACGGAAGCAUUUAAAUUCAGUUCUUUCCCUGAAUUAUUCUUUACCUCUCAUUCCGUCCUUCAAGUAUAAUUCUGACUAGUGCUCUGUUCAAAUAGACCAGGAUGUUAUCCCAUCCUUGAAUGUAUAGAUUCAAUAUAGAUUUAUAUGUGUGAAAUACCAGGAGGUUGAUACUCCUUUCAAUGAACUAAACUAUUGAACAGUAG